ACACACACUGCUCGUUCCUCAGCGAGGCAGCGGAUCUACAGCGUUAAAGCUUUCGACUUUCAACGUUAAUUCCUCAGAAGGAUUUCAGCCUGAGAGGUAGCCGUCUUCAGGUUUAUCUGAUCCGUAUGUGGGUGGCUCUCUGGAAUCGAUGUGUGACGAAGGCGGUAGACGAACAAAGGAAGCUCAGGUAGCAGAGGUGAGGAGACGUUCACAGCUCGGCCUGCCUGAGAUCAUGGUCUGGACCAGGACGACCGCUAGAUGUUCUGAGUGAUGGGCUCUGACAUACGUCUCCACUAUCUGCUCCUCACAAAGACCAGACAAGGUGUUGACUGUGCGAGUUGGAGGAUCGCGUCAGGAAUUUUUCCUGGAAUUGAAGACUUCCUGCUGUGACUAAACCAUUCAGUACCAGACUGGAUUGUAUUUUUCCUCCGUUCUGUGUCUGUGGGAGUUUGGACCUUGGGGCUGGUCUGACAACAUCGUUUAUUAGAAGUCAUUCAUUGCAACCCAGAAGAACCCAGACCACACUAGUCCCGUCCCUCUCCAGACUGCUUUUCUUCCUUCAUCCCAGGUUUACAGGAAUAUUUUUGACUUUGCUGUUUGGAUUCUAUCACAUUUUCCAAACCACUGACGGACUCCCUGGUCUGUGAGCUCAACGACUGCACCUUGAAGCCCUGCAGCACCGUGUGAAGCUUCUGGCACGUGUUUGUCGUCCAUCAGCAGUCAUGGAGUCCGUAGCAGCAGCGAGGAUGGCCAUGGUGACGGACUCCCCGAACCCUUCGCUGAGGUCGAGGACGACUGCCACCACGGACGGCGACUCCUUCGUCAGCACCGCCAGCCUUCCCUGCAGCCACUUCCUCUCUGCCAACUUCAUCGGUGUUGUGGAGAAAUGCAUGAGCUCCAUGCAGAUGGGGACCCAGAUGGUGAAGCUCCGCGGAGGCUCCAAGGGACUGGUGCGCUUCUUCUAUUUGGACGAACACAAGUCCUGCAUCCGCUGGAGGCCCUCACGCAAGAAUGAAAAGGCCAAAAUCUCCAUUGACUCCAUCCGGGAGGUGUGUGAGGGCAAGCAGUCUGAGAUCUUCCAGCGCUAUGCAGAGGGCUGCUUUGACCCCAACUGCUGCUUCAGCCUGUACUACGGAGAACACAUGGAGUCCCUGGACCUGGUGUCUGGCACCGGAGAGGAGGCGCGGACCUGGAUCACGGGCCUCAAGUACCUGAUGGCUGGCAUCAGUGAUGAAGACAGCCUGGCCAAGAGGCAGCGGACCCGCGACCAAUGGCUGAAGCAGACUUUCACUGAAGCGGAUAAGAAUGGCGACGGCAGUCUCAGCAUCAGCGAAGUCCUGCAGCUCCUGCACAAGCUCAACGUCAACCUGCCCCGGCAGAAGGUCAAGCAGAUGUUCAAGGAGGCAGACACAGAUGACAACCAGGGAACGCUGGGCUUUGAGGAGUUCUGCUCCUUCUACAAGAUGAUGUCGACCCGCAGGGAUCUGUACCUCCUCAUGCUCACCUACAGCAACCACAAAGACCACCUGGACACGGACGACUUGGCCCACUUCAUGGAGACGGAGCAGAAGAUGUCCAAGGUGACCAAGGACCACUGCCUGGAGAUCAUCAACAAGUUUGAGCCGUGCUCCGAGAACCAGAAGCAGGCGGUUCUGGGGAUCGAUGGUUUUACAAACUACAUGCGCAGCCCAGCGGGGGACAUCUUCAACCCAGAACACUACAACGUGACCCAGGACAUGAACCAGCCGCUGUGCAACUACUUCAUCGCCUCAUCGCACAACACCUACCUGAUGGGCGACCAGCUGAUGUCCCAGUCCAGGGUGGACAUGUACGCCUGGGUGCUGCAGGCCGGCUGUCGCUGUGUGGAAGUGGACUGCUGGGACGGUCAGGACGGGGAGCCCAUCGUGCACCACGGCUACACCCUCACCUCCAAGAUCCUCUUCAGAGACGUCAUUGAGACCAUCAACAAGUACGCCUUCGUCAAGAAUGACUACCCAGUCAUCCUGUCCAUAGAGAACCACUGCAGCGUUCCUCAGCAAAAGAAGAUGGCUCAGUACCUGAUUGAGAUUCUGGGGGACAAAUUGGACGUGUCCAGCAUCAAAGCCGAUGAGUCCGGACGUCUGCCAUCGCCAGAAACCCUCAGGGGCAAGAUCCUUGUGAAGGGGAAGAAGCUCCCCCCCAACAUCGAUGAGAAUGCAGAGGAGGGAGACGUCUCGGACGAGGACAGCGCUGAUGAGAUGGAGGACGACUGCAAGCUGAUGAAUGGAGAUACAUCAGCCAAUAGGAAGCAGGUGGAGAACAUGGCCAAGAAAAAGUUGGACAACCUAAUGAAGGAGUCCAAGAUCCGAGACAGAGAAGACCCAGACAGCUUCACCAUCGCCGCCCUCCCUCCUGCUGGGAAGCCCACCGAUAAAGCUGGUACCAAGGGUAAAAGUGAGGAUGGGACGGACACAGCAGACGAAGCUAACCCCAGUAGCAACAAGCGCACCGGCCGCACCUUCAUGGGGAGCUUCUCUAAACGCAAGAAAAAGGCGUCCAAGCUGAAGAAGACCUCGAGCUUCGAAGACACCGACACAGACCAAGAGAACACGAGCAGCGCCUCUCGUGUCCCGCUGCACCACAGCAAAAAGAAGAAGACCAUGAAGCUGUCCAGGGCUCUGUCUGAUCUGGUCAAGUACACUCGGUCCGUAGGCCUCUAUGACAUCGAGGCACAAGCCAGCUGCAGCUGGCAGGUGUCGUCACUGAGUGAGACUAAAGCCCAUCAGGUGAUGCAGCAGAAAGCCACGUCCUUCAUUCACUUCAACCAGCGACAGCUCUCCCGCAUCUACCCGUCCUCCUACCGCGUGGACUCCUCCAACUUCAACCCUCAGCCCUUCUGGAACGCCGGCUGCCAGCUUGUGGCGCUGAACUACCAGUCAGAGGGUCGCGUCCUGCAGCUCAACAGAGCCAAAUUCUACAGCAACGGCAACUGUGGCUACAUCCUCAAGCCGGCCUGCAUGUGUGAAGGUGCCUUUAACCCCAACAUGGAGGACCCGCUGCCGGGUCAGAUGAGGAAACAGCUGGUGUUGAAGAUCAUCAGUGGACAGCAGCUGCCCAAACCCAAAGACUCCAUGCUGGGAGACAGAGGAGAGAUCAUCGAUCCCUUUGUGGAGGUGGAGGUCAUCGGCCUCCCAGUGGACUGUUGCAAGGAGCAGACCAGAGUGGUGGACGAUAACGGGUUCAACCCGAUGUGGGAGGAGACUCUGGUGUUCACGGUCUACAUGCCAGAGCUGGCCCUGGUGCGUUUCCUCGUGUGGGAUCAUGACCCCAUUGGCCAGGACUUCAUCGGCCAGCGCACCAUUGCCUUCAACAGCAUGAUGCCAGGUUAUCGCCAUGUGUACUUGGAAGGUAUGGAGGAGGCGUCCAUCUUUGUUCAUGUGGCUGUGAAUGACAUCACUGGUAAGGCCAGAGCAGCCAGCGGCAUAAAAGGGCUGUUCCACAGAAACCCAAAACAGGCUUCCCUGGACAGCCAUGCUGCUGUACAGCACAGCCGUAAGCACCCGUUUGGUGCCCACCUCCUGCGCCGCACUGCCAGUGCCCCCACCAAAGGUCAGCCCAAAAUCAAGAAGGGCCUCCCAGAGAUCGCCAUCGACACCAAAGAAUACAGCUCAGAGGGCGCUAGCGAGGAGCGGGAGUCUGAGGACAGGGACAAGGCCUCUGCUGCCGUCUCUUACCAGUUCACACCACCACAGCACCGCAACGGGGACUCAGUUGCAUCCCAACAAACCAAGAGCCCCUGGGACCAUCCUGACUCCAACGGGGCUUUUCACCCUGAGGAGGGUAAAGAUUGUUCUCCAGGGCAGAGACCGACUGCCCCGCUUCCAUUCCUUGCACUAAUCAGACGACACCAGGAGCGUCCGUUCCAUCCGGUCUGCUUCCACUCCAGAAGAGAGUUUGUCUUCAUAUCACUCCUCACCUGCACCACCGCACCCGCCUUCCACAGCAAUAAGUGCAGAGGCCCCACUGUCCAGUCCUUCAAACGGGGUGGUGCUCAGUCUUGCCAAGGUGAGCGGAGACCCUAAGAAGCCUACCUUUUCCAGAA